UGCUUAUAUACACUCUCUUCUCUUUCUUUCUCCUCAUUUCGUACCAUACACCAAUUCAUCCUCUUCUUCACCAAUUCUUCAUUCAAUCUCUUCAAUAAAUUCAUUCCUCUAUUCAAUCUUCAACCAUUUCAAAUGGAUUCAUUCGAACCAAACUCAGAUUCAACUCAUUCAAACACAUCACAAGAAUCCAAUCACAAAAAACGCCGCAAAAUCGAUAACCUCACCACCGAUCAAAACUCAAUCAAUCUCAUGCCAUGGAGAUCCCAAUCAGACCAAAACACCUACUCCAAAAAACUCAUCCAAGCACUCCUCCGUAUAAAUUCCCCGGAAACAACCAAACCUGCCGCCGGUCAAGUCCGCCAAACCGCCGAUCGAGUCCUCGCCGCAACCGCCAAAGGAAGAACACGCUGGAGCCGCGCGAUUCUCGGAAAAUGGAAGAAACUCCGAAGACAUCACAAAAAAGUCAAGAAAGCUUCCACCAACGGAUUGAAGAGAGAGAGGAUUCAACGAUUACCGGCUGUGCAGAAGAAAACACGCGUUCUCGGUCAGUUAGUUCCCGGUUGCCGGAAAGUUCCGUUACCGAAUCUUCUAGAAGAAGCUACUGAUUAUAUUUCUGCUUUGGAGAUGCAAGUGCGUGCUAUGACAGCUCUUGCUGAGCUUCUCGCCGGUGGAACACCAGCGGGAAUCGCCGGUCAGGUGUUGAGUUGACCUGUGCGCAUUGUUUACUGCCUAGGCUAUAUUGCGCCAGGUGUUACUUGAUUUUUUUUUUCUUUUUAUAUUGUUUUUUUUUUUUAUUAUUAUUGGUUUUUUUUUUCUUUUUCAGAUUCAUGUAUCUUAUUAUCGUGUACACUGUACAUGCCAUUCGCUUAAUCCUUCCUUUAUGUUCCACUA